AGUCGCUCCUCGUGUCAAUCCGCGGCUUGUAUAUCUCCAUAAUACAAUUUCGGCGUCGCGAGCCGGCGAAGACGCACGUGCCGGUUGUUAAUUGUUAUAGUGACUUUUUCGCAAUCUGUGCUACUUUAAAAAUAAUAUACGGUUGAAAUUGUUAAGAUGUUCAGAUCGACGAUAUUUUAUGGUGCUGUUGUGGCUUUGGGGAUAGGUAUCGGAUUUAAGGUGUAUCUCCUACGCCCAUCACCAUUGCCUCCAAUGGACUUUGACCGGUGGUGGGGUGAUGGCCCACAACCCGAUUAUGAAGAUCCAUCGAUACGACCCUUUGUUAUUGUAUUUAACGAAUCGAUGGUAGACGAUUUGAAGAGUCGUCUGAGAAACAGACGUCCCUUCACACCAACCCUGUACGGAGCCCAAUCCCAAUACGGUAUGAAUACCAAAUACUUGGACGAACUACUUACAUAUUGGUCCGAUAAAUACAAUUUUACGGAGAGAGCUGAAAGACUGAAUAAAUUUCCACAUUACAAAACAACAAUUCAGGGUCUCGACAUUCAUUAUAUUCACGUGAAACCAGAGGGCAAAGGUAAGAUUGUACUGCCUUUGUUGAUGCUACAUGGUUGGCCCAGUUCUUCAAAGGAAUUCGAUAAGGUUAUACCGAUGUUAACAACACCCAAAGAUGGAUAUGAGUUUAUAUUCGAAGUUAUUGCCGCAGAUCUACCUGGAUUUGGCUUUUCACAGGGAACUCGCAAGCCCGGUCUGAGUCCUCUGCAAGUUGGCACAAUUAUGAGUAAUCUGAUGCGGCGUUUAGGACACAACAUGUAUUACAUUCAAGCCGGGGAUUGGGGUUCUCAGGUGGCGACCCAUAUGACGACCUUCAUUCCUCAUGAAAUUUUAGGAUUUCACACAAAUAUGCCAGUUUCCUCAAGACCAAUCAGUAAUGUAAAAUAUAUCAUUGGAUCAUUAUUUCCAAACCUCAUAAUGGAUACAAAGUACAUUAACCGAAUAUAUCCCAUAAGGAAACUCUUUGAUUAUGUCCUGCGAGAAAGUGGUUACUUUCACUUACAAGCUACGAAACCAGACACAAUUGGGGUAGCACUAUCCGAUUCUCCAGCGGGGCUAGCAGCAUAUACAUUAGAGAAAAUAGGAGUUUGCAGUAACAGGGAUCAGUUGAACACACCCCACGGGGGGCUUGAAAACAUUGAAAGGGAUGAUUUGUUGGACACCGUCACCAUCGUGUGGGCAAAUGAGUGCAUCGUCACCUCUAUGAGGAUGUACGCCGAGGCAUUCGCGCAUGCAGAUGUGUUUAUGAUGCAUAAUAUUCCGACUGUCGUGCCUACAGCUGCUAUAAAUUUUAAGCAUGAAGUGGUGUAUCAACCUGAUUGGAUAUUACGGGACAAGUUUCUUAAUCUUGUCCGAUCCACUACGCACGAUUUCGGGGGACAUUUUGCCGCCAUGCAAACGCCGAAGGCAUUGGCCGACGACGUCUUCGAAUCAGUGAAGGAGAUCAUUAAGUUCAGACUUCAUUAUUAAGCGACUGUAUUUUUUUUGUGUGUACUUAGUUUAAUUUUGUGUGUGUUUACUUUUGUAUUUAGUUUUUAAGUUAACAACAAGCGAUACACAUUGUCGCUGUAUUCUCAGGUGUGGACAAAACAAAAAUCACAAACUCAACUGAGAAAACGUGAAAGUGUGAAUUGUUUUGUGACAACAUCGCUUAUACCACCAAAUAUGUUUUUUUAAUUUGCUUUUUAUUGUAUUUCUUAAUUUCUUUUUGUUGCCGUCGUCGAGUAUGAUAAUUCAACAUGUACACAGAUCAGAGAACUUACUUUUUUAAGUAUUACAAACGAGAUCAUAUUCCCAAUUUUAGUAGCAAUUUCAUUGCCUACACUCAACAGGGACUAAGGCCCAAGGGUCGAGAAAAUAAGCUAAGGAAGUGCUGAUGGUACGAGAAAAUACUAUACAAUCGAUUACAGUCGCGAACCCAGUAAUUAGUGAACAGAUUGAAUGAAUUCAGUCUUCAAACUACGGGCCAAACAUCCUUGAAGAUGUCACAAUAAAUAUGAGCGCCAGAAAGCGUCGAGGGCUGAAAGAUAGCUCCCUUAAACCUUGAAAUACUUUAAUGAGGUCUAGAGGAAGUUUGGCCUUUAGGCUUGGUGUGGCUUCUAUAGCAAGCAUUACAACAGUUCCCUAAUUACCAUAUGAGGUGUCAAGAUUGAGACAUGAAGUAUUGUGUUUUUACGUACUUUCAACGCUUCGUAUUUGAAGAUUGGCCAUAGGAACAACAUAGUAGAUACAUUCACGUACGUACUAACGAUAACGAUUUCUGGGGACUCUAGGAUGUUGUUUUACCACUGUAAGAGUAGUUCACUGUCAAUUUCAAUUUUCACUGACAAAAACAGUAGGUUGUGUUAGUUUCUAGCCACCGAUUUUUAUAAAACACCUGUUUUUUACAAAUUUAAAAAAGUUAUCAUUAAUCUACUGUAUUUUGAGUACUAGAUUCUAAGCUAACAGUACAGUAAAAUUUCGUUUGCAAGCUGGAAGCAAUAUUAUGUUAUUUGAAACAUAGGGCAGUGUAACUGACAAUUUAAUAAUACAGACAGUGUGACAUGAUUCCCUAUUGACGAACCGAACAAAAAUGUUAAGAUUACAUUGCUGUUGUGAUUGACCCUCAUAUUAAUUCUUAACAACCGGUACAUUGACCGUUAGUAAAUAUUUAUAUAAAGUAACGGGUACAAUUUGUACAAAUAAAAAUUGUUUGCGAUUAUUGUACGAAGACACUGACUGAUCUCUUUCUAGUAUUAUUUUCUUUAUUAUAUAAUACAUAAUCAUUCAAUGCAAUCAGGUUAUAUCGGUCUUUGAUAAUUUUUAUAACGUAAUGGCGUGAUUAUACAUGGUGUUAGGGUUACUAUUUAUAAUGUAAAUUAUAAUUCGGCACAACAAAUUGAAAUAAUUGAACUGAACAAAAAAUAAAACAUUCCAAUGAG